AUGAGGCUCCGACAGACUGUUAUUUUUGUGUUAUUGCUGCUGCAUGGCACCAAUGGCUUCUUCUUGUGGUUUGGGAAGCAACGAUCCACUGUCAUGAGGAGAAUAGUCCAACUACGCGAUAGUCCAGACGAUGGCGACAAGACCAUGGACGCCUUUCAUCGAGCGCUUCAAUCCACCACGCGACAACCACAACAGCCAGCAGCAGUACAGACGACUACUACUAGUAGUAGUAGUAGUAGUGAGAGUGAGAGUGACAACAAGGACGGUACCAUGCAGGCCUAUUUGUCAGCCAUCAAUCAGAGACCCGACGAAGGGAGCAAUCACAAUGGAGAAGCAGCCAAUGUACGUGUAGUGGAUGAUUCUAGGAACAAGCCCACCGGCAUGUCCGUGGAACAACAGCUAGAUUCCGCCAUGGAUUCCUAUAGAGAUGCACUCCAGCAAAUCUCACCCACACCAUCCAAUCCACCCCCCACACCACCAAAGCAACAGCAACAACAAGCCAAAGCCAAAAAGAAAAAGUCGUCCUUUCGAUUCAUUCCAGACGACGACGUCUUGCCUCCACAACCACAACAGACCAAAAAUAUUGUCGAUGCCGAUUGGACCUACGAACCAGAUGGGAAAGAAGCUAGUAGACCCCGCGAUCCCAAUGAAAUGCAGGAACACUUGGCCAAGAAUCAAAACAACAGCGACGGACUCAAAAUCAGCACCGACGAAUCCAGAGCGGCAGAGAAAGCGGCACAACGAGAGCAAGAAAAACAACUCAAUCGACAAUCCGAAGCGGCACAACGAGAGUCCUUUAACAAGUCCAAUGAAGAUUUCUUCAGCAACAUGCCUGGCGACAAUAAAGAACAAGCCAAGGCGGCACAAAAGGAAUUCUUGCAAAACUAUGCACGCGAAAAUCCACCACCACCACCUCCGCCCAAUGAUACUGGUUGGAACACCAAUUCCGACUUUGAUCGACCCAAUGAAGACCAACGGUUGCACGAUAUGCAGGAGCAGGCCAAACGGGCACAGGAAGAUUAUCUGCGACAACGGGCUGCUGACACAACAACAACAACAACAACAACAACAAAGGAUAUUCCCACGGGACUCUCCAAAACUCCACCACCCAUACCGCCGCCACCACCACCACCGUUGUACAAACCUCCACCCAUGGAAGGAGAUCCCUACUUUGGAAUCAAGGACAAGGAUCACUUUAGUACUCCCAAUGAAGAUUCCGUAAAGGACGAAUUUGAAAAGGUCAAUGAAAAGGCAAAACAUGCCUAUCAGGAGUACCAGAAACAACAAGCUGCCUACGAAGCUAUGCUUCAACAACAAAAAGAUCAGGCUGUACAAGACAUGCUAGGAUCGGCCAAGAACGACGACAUGCCACCCCCGCCGCCGCCGUACAAACCACCUCCUCCAGGGGAAGGAAAUCCCUAUUUUGGUGUUAAACAGCAAGGUCAUUUCAGUGAACCCAACGAAGCAGCAUUGCGAUCGGAAUUUGACAAGGUCAAUGAUGAUGCCGCUAAAGCUUAUCAACUGUACUUGGAAAAGCAAAAGGCGUACGAUGCUUUUCUACAGCAGCAAAAAGACGAAGCGUUGCGACAGAGCGCGGGACCGGAUGCAGAACAACAAGCUCCCUCAAAUCCUAAAUGGAAUGGGCAGAAUCAAUGGCAGCCACAGGAAUUUGACCAGGCGGCACAGGAAUACAACGAGUAUAACAAGAAGCAACAGGAGGCGGAUCAGCGAGCCUUUCAGCCGUCGUCUCCCAUGGACGAUCCAUCCGAUCCGCAAUUCUGGGCUCAACAACAGCAGCAGCCACGGCAACAGCUUGCAUACGAACAAGCCAUGGCUCAACAGCAAGAGGAACUGAGCCAGUUUUCCCAACAACAAGCUGGACAACAUCAACAACAACAACAACAAGGUCAGCAGCCACCGACACAGGUACAAGCAACCCCAGGGCAGCAGCCUCCGGCAAGGAACGAUAGUAUGCAACCACCGCAGCAACAGCAUACCGUUCCCAACAUGGGAGGUGUACAGGCACAGCCGCCUCCGAGUACUACGGGUCAAGCGCCUCCUCAACAAGUUACAACGUUUGGGAAUGUGCACCAACAUCAUCCACCACCACCGGAACACUAUCCCGGCCAACAAAUUCAGGGAGGGCAUGCACCCCCACCACCACAAGACAUUUCGCCGGGAGUCUUUCAAGCCCCGAACAAUGCGGAGGCUUCCACAAGCACUGAUGAACAGGCGCUUCGCAAUGCCAUGUUUGCGGAUCUUAGCUCACAGCCAAAGGCACAAGCAACCCCAGGGCAGCAGCCUCCGGCAACAAACGAUAGUAUGCAACCACCAGACCAAAAGCAUGCCAUGGGAGCUUAUCAGGCACAGCCACCUCCGAAUACGGCGGAUCAUGCGCCUCCUCAACAAGGCACAAGUUUGGGGAAUGUGCAAAAUCCACCACCGGAACACAAUCCCAACCAACAGAAUCAAGGAGGGCAGGCACCCAUGUCGCCGGGAGCCUUUCAAGCCCCGAACGGUGCUGAUUCUUCCAAAGGCACUGAUGAACAGGCGCUUCGCAAUGCCAUGUUUGCGGGUGUCAGCAAGCAGCCGAAUGGACCUUCUUCAGAUGACCCACUCGCUGAUGUACCUCGAAUUCAAGAUAUGCCGCCCGAGAAGAAGGCGCAAUUCCAGGCAUCGGCGGCAGGAGCAGCGGGGCCUUCGUCGGAUCCGUAUUCGGUUCCUAGAGUUGGAAAAACUUCUGCAACGGCGACACCGGAACAACAGAAAGCAUUUCAACAGUCCCCGCCCGAAAGGAAAGAAGCUCCUGAACCUAAGAAAGCGAGUCCACCUGCUGCUGCUGCUCCCAAAAAGCCACGCGCCUUAGACCUGCCACAGGAACAGCAGGAAGCUUACAAGCCUCCGAAGGUGAAGUACGAGCAGCCUCCGUCGGAUCCAUUCUCUGUGCCAAGGAUUAAAGACAUGAAAGCGUACAAGGUGUCGGGGGCAGAGGCUUUUAAGCCAAUUCCAAAGCCACCCCCACCUAAACCGGCCCAACAACAGGAAGCUCCCAAGCCAAAGCCACCAGAAGAGACAAAAAGCUCCGCAGCGGAGAAAACAGAAGUGAAGCAAGCUUCUAAGCUAAAGCCAAAGGAGCAGCAGCCACAGAAACAGCAGCAAGUGGCGCAGCAAGAGCAGCCGCCACAGAAACAGCAGCAAGUGGCGCAGCAAGAGCAGCCGCCAAAACAGAAACAGCCACAGAAACAACAGCCAGUGGCGCAGCAAGAGCAGCCACCACCACUGCAUCAACCGCCCCCACAAGCAGAGGCACCACCACCAAAGAAGGCAUUCAUUGCAUCUUUUCCCAACUUUGGCAACUUCGACGAAUCGAACGAUGAUGUGGAUGCAUACGGCAACGUCAAGAAGAAAUAUGUAGAGCCGUUUGUUGACGAGCCAACGCUCCCCCCUGGUCUGGCCUUUGCUGAUUCUGGCCCUGUGGAAGAAGCAGGUGCCAGCAUUAAUGCUUUCUUGGGAGAUGGCAGCCCUUUCCCCAAUAGCCCCGGUCCUUCUCCAAUAUCCAGUUCUGAAAGUGCAUUUGUAGGCGGAGGAGGUGGUGGUGGUUCGGCCGCAUCAAUGGAGCCAUUGAUCUCAUGCUCUAUCGAAUCCUACAGCGACCUGCCGUCGUGGGUGACGGAAUCCCAAAAAUCAGACCCGAAGAAGGAACUUGUAGACAGCGAGUUUGCAGCGUGGGACCCCAACACGCCGGGACAGCCGAAACCACCACCAGUGGAAGUGCCAUUUGGAAGUUUUGAUCAAGUCUCCAGCGACGGUGUGCGUGUACCACAAGAGAGCACUGACACUAUGGGAGAAAGUGAUUGGCCGAGUUCUACCGCUGAUGCCACGAGUGACGAGACUGAAUGGUGGAAGCCGCAAGCGGAGGAGCAGCAUUCAAGCCCGUUUGUUGGACAAGUCACUAUCGAAUCAGGAGGGGCAGGAUCGGUGGAACCACCGACUCAAUCAGCACCAGAGUCCAGAGCAGAGCCUUUUGAGAAUGUUCAAGUUGAUGAGGAAACCGCCGAAGCGAAAAGGGACCUUUUUGCGGCUCAGGCGGAAGACGUGCCCAGCUCUCCUGCCAAGAGUCGCGUUGUGGAAGAAAAAAUUUCGAUUGAACCGGCGAUCUUGGGCACGAGCGGUGAGGACAUGUUUGCAACAUACAUGAGUUCGAUGGCUCCACCAGGAUUUGAGACGGAAGAGGAAGAAAUUGACGAAGAGGAAGCAGAAGAAAGUAUGGAUAUCAUGGAUGUUUUCUUCAACUCAAUGGCCCCAACCGAGUUUCCCUCGAAGACGGAGAAGAAAGCAACUCAAGAAGACAAUACGAAAACCGAAGAACCACCCGAGAAGAAGUCACCGAAAAACACGGGAAAUGCAUCCAAGGGCGACAAUGGGAAACCGGAAGUUACUCCUGAGUCGCAGAAGAAGGCUCAAGCAGCGAAGAAGACGCCCACAGCGACAGGAGUCGCCAAGACUGUAGGCAGCAAGGCGAAGCCAAAGCCGGGUAAAGAUGCAAGCAGAAAACAAGAGAACCGAGCGAACGCAACCGGCAAAGCAAAGAACUUGAUGUCGGACAAAAAGAAAGAGAAGGCCAGGAAGAAGAAGUCCAAGGUAUCAGCGGAAGAAAGCACGAAAGACAAAACUAAAAAGGUUUCUAUCCCUUGGGUUGGACAGGUUACCACAGACGACUCCGACGACAUGAUGUCUGCAGCCGUCAUGGAUUCAGCGGAAGAAAGCACGGAAGACAAAACCAAAAACGUUUCCAUCCCAUGGGUUGGAGAGGUUACCACAGACGACUCCGACGAUAUGAUUUCUGCAGCUGUCAUGGAUUCCAUGUUUCCAACCGACAGCAUGGAUGUUGAUGCUGCUGCUGCUGAAGAAGAUGAUGGCACUGAAACUGCAUUAGAAGAAGAGGAUGACACUGAAACUGCAGACGAAGAGGAGACCAUGGAUGAGGAAGAUGCUGCCCCCGUAGUAGUCACAGCCGAGAGUGAGGCAACUGCGGAAAACUCUGGACAGGUGGAAGAAGAUGUUGAGGCCUCGACGGCGACUCGUGAAGCUGGCGAUGGAGGAGAGGAUAAUCCCGACGCAUCUUCUUCCAACGAUGAUUUGCUUUCAGAAAUCGAGGAUGCCCUUGCGGCAUACGAACAAGCGAUGACAGCUGUCGAAGAAUCGGACGUGGACUCGUCAGGGCUCAAGCAGGCGUUACAUGACGCGCUCAACCCGCAGGAUGGUCCUGGAGCCUGGGAAAAAGUUGUGGAGUCCGCGAAACGGCGCUUCUUUGGCGGCGGUGAAGAGGAGGAAACCAAGGAACCGGACUAUGAUACACAUCGAGACCGCGUGACUGAAGAUGGAGUCAACGUUCCCUUCUUCGUCGACUUGAAUGAGCCGGCAUUGCUUGUGAUCGACCUGGAAGAAGAUGGUGGCAAGUCAGGCGGCAGGAAUGGCCCAUCGCUUAGUCUAUCGAGAGAUGUCAAGCUUGUGGAGUCGAUAAUGGAGGACAAACCACAUCUGACCAGGAGUUUGUUCCAAGCAAUAGGGGAGGUGUUGGAUGUCGGUGACAGAGAAAAAGUCGAGGAUCCCAUCGAUGUGGGCACGAUCGAACCAACGAGCACAAUUGGAAGAAUCCUGAAUCGAGCUGACUUGUCAGAAGGGUACACGGUGUGGGAUGCUUUCCAAAAGCUCGAAAAGGAAUGGAGUGUACUGAAGGCGUCUCAGUCGUUUGAUUACGACACAAAGUGGCUGAAAAAAGUCCAACACGGUGUGCCACCACCCUAUCAAUUCGUGACCGAUGAUCCCACUUGGUCGCAACCGCGUUGUUGGGAAAAGCUCCGAUCGCAGCGAGAUACGGAGCUUGACCAUGAUGUUAUCAUUGCUGGUGGCCCAAUCGGUGUGUUCUUUGCGAUGUCCUUGCAACUCCAAGGAUUUGAUGUCUGUAUUGUGGACGGUGGCGAUUUGAUCGGCGAUGAAAUGGAAUGGAAAAUGACAGCAGAAGACCUGCUCGAACUGCGUCGGUUGGGGGUCCUAACUGAAGAAGAUAUCGAAGACGCCGUGAACAUGAUUUCUCCUGGGUUUAAUUUUGAAGACCUCAAGAUGAAAAGCGUCCGUCUCUCGCCGGAGAUUCUAGUCCAGAAUGUCGCAAUGCGAUUCAAGGAAGGCGGUGGGACGAUCCUCACUCAAUCUCCCAUGAUGGGUAUAGCUGUGUCUGAGUACAGUGGCGCAGCGGUGGACUUCGGUGAACACCGAGAACCUAUCACAGCGGCCCUGAUCAUUGAUACAAUGGGAGGAAAGUCUCCCAUUUCUCGCCAGCAAAGGUAUGGUAUGAAGCCAGAUGGAAUCUGCGCUGUGGUGGGAUCGAUGGCUGCUGGUUUCAACGAGGAGUCGAAAGCUGAUACAGAAACGACACCCUCAGCUCUGAAACUCCGCGACGACAGUGAAAACAAAAAGGAGCAAUACUUCUGGGAUGCGCUUCCCUCGAACGACGGAUUCCUCAGUUCGCUGAUGGGUUCAGCCAACACCACGCCCGAAGACGGCACUAAGACAACGUACAUGUUCACAUACUUGGACACAGACAAGGAGCGACCAUCGUUGGAAUCUUUGAUGGCGGAUUACUGGAGGAUGCUCUCGAUUCGUCAGCCUUCGAUCGAAGACCCUGCAACUGAUCUGGACGUGAAACGAGUGAUGCUGGCUUACUAUCCAAUCUAUCGACAGUCCUCGAACAAACCUCGCUGGAAUCGCAUCCUUGAUGUUGGCAGCAUCCAGAGUCCUUUCAGUUCUGAGGGACUGGGUUCGGUAGCUCGGCAUGUUGGACGCAUCUCGAAUGCCGUUGCAGAAGCCCUCGACAAUCAUUGUUUACACAAGGAUGAUUUGGCCGAAAUUGUUGCCGCUCCAUCAACAAGUGCCAGGUGGAUGUUUCAGCAGGCAAUGUCGAUUCGAGAACAAGCCAACCAUGACGCUAUUAACAAGCUCCUCGCCGCGAACUAUGAAGCCAUGCAUGCUCUUGGGCCGCAAGCAGACAACCCUGUUUUGCAGGACGUGGUUAGCCUGGAUACGUUACUCGAGUCCAUUUCCAGGAACAACACCGACGCCUCGUCCGCCCUGUCAGAGAUAGUUGAGGAGAUGGGUCUUCCCAAGUUUCUGGACUGGAUGAGGCAAACAAGCGCAGUGGAUCCGUCGGGUGCGACUUCUCAACCUGAAAUGGGAGAGAGCUUUGAUCAGCUCCCUCCCCGAGAGAAGUUCAAGUGGCUUCGCCGUUUGGAAGCUUUGAGAGCCGGUAGCGGUAGCAGAAAACCGACUGUUGAUAGCGUCGAUGGCGAGUCUGAAACAGAAGAACUCGACUCGGAAGCCGAAGACGAAAACUAG